AACAUGUACCUGCAUUGAAGAAGAGUCUUCUAUCCUUGGGAAAGUUUGACAAGCUUGGAAUGAAAAUCAUAGGGGAGAAUCGUCAGCUAAAGGUAGUCAAGGGCAUUAUGGUUGUGGCAAAGGGUAAACUAGUUGGGAAUUUAUACAGAUUGGUGGGUGAGACUUUAGUGGGAGAAGCUGCUGUUGCAAGUACCAAGUCUGAAUCCUCUUUUGUUUGGCACAAACGAAGCCAUAAAUUCCUUGACUUGAUUCAUGCUGAUACUUGUCAAGUACCUGCUGUUUCUAUUGGUGGGUGUUCUUACUUUGUGACAUUUAUUGAUGAUUUCUCUCGAAAGGUAUGGAUUUUCAUGCUCAAAAGGAAAUCUGAUGCUUUUGAAAAAUUCAAAAAGUUUAAAGCAUUAGUAGAAAAUCAAAAAGGCACAAAAAUUAAGUGUCUCCGAACUGAUAAUGGGGGAGAAUUUUGUAGCAAGGAGUUUGAUGAUUUUUGCAAUGAGCAUGGUAUUAAGAGACAUCUUACAGUACCAGGAACACCACAGCAGAAUGGGGUUGCUGAGAGAAUGAACCGAACUCUCAUGGAGCGUGCUAGAUGCAUGAUGAGCACUGCAAAAUUGGGGAAGGAAUUUUGGGCUAAAGCUGUUAACACUGCAUGCUAUCUAAUCAACCGUUCACCCACUAUUUCUCUCAAGAUGAAAACUCCGGAGGAGGUUUGGUCUGGUAAACCUGCAAAUUAUUCUUUCCUUCGAGUAUUUGGAUGUGAUGCUUAUGUUUGGGUGCCUAAGGAGAAAAGAACCAAAGUUGACAAAAAUUCAAAAAGAUGUAUUUUUCUUGGCUAUGAGACAGGUACAAAGGGGUACAAAUUGUGGGAUCCUACUGCCCGCAAGCUUAUUAUUAGCCGAGAUGUGGUUUUUAAUGAAGAUGUUUUUCAAUGCACAGCUAAAAAGGAAGAAGCAAGGAAGAUUGUUAUUGAGCAAGAAGCUAGUUUUGAUGAUGCUGUACAGGAGGAAAAUAUUCAAAAUGAUCCUCAAUCUGAGUCUAAGCCUGAGUCUGAGCUUGAGUCUGAGCUUUUACAUGAAGGAACUUCAUCUGGUGAUGCUGUUUCGCCUCGACCUCGAAGGGCCAUUAGACCUCCAGCGAGGUAUGAUGACUAUGUUACAUCUUUGAAGCCUCAAUCUAAUUAUGUAUGUGCUUAUCUUGCUUUGUCAGAAGAACAUGAGCCAACUUCUUUCAAAGAGGCUUGUGAGUCUGUCAAUUUUGACCAAUGGCGAGGUGCAAUGGAGGAGGAGAUGGAGUCUUUGCACAAGAACAAAACUUGGGAUCUUGUUCAGCUACCAGAAGGUCGAAAGGCAAUUGGAUGUCGCUGGAUAUACAAGUUGAAGAAGGAUUCAGAAGGGAAUAUAGAAAGAUACAAAGCUAGACUUAUGAUUAAAGGAGUUGUUUUAGCUUUUGUUGCUUCUCUUGAUCUUGAGUUAGAACAACUAGAUGUCAAGACAGCUUUCUUGCAUGAUGACAUGAUUAUUGCAGGAAAUAAUCCCACUUAUGUCUCUACAUUAAAAGCUCAACUUGCUGGGGAAUUCGAUAUGAAAGACUCGGGAGCCGUGAAUCAAAUUCUUGGGAUGAAGGUAUUUAGAGAUAGAAAGGACAUGAAGAUCUGGUUGAAUCAAAAGAACUACAUAGAAAGGGUUCUGCAGCGCUUCAAUAUGCAGAAUGCUAAACCAGUGAGUACCCCCUUUCCUGUUCAUAUUAAGUUGUCUUCGGAAUACUCACCCAGCACUGAAGCAGAGAAGGCAGCGAUGUCUCGAGUACCAUACUCAUCAGCAGUAGGGAGUCUUAUGUUUGCUAUGGUCGGAACUAGGCCGGACAUUGCACAAGCAGUGGAAGCUGUUAGCAAAUACAUGGCAAAUCCUGGUCGUGUUCAUUGGGAUGCAGUGAAGUGGAUCCUUAGAUAUUUAAAGGACACUUCAAGUGUUUCAUUGUGUUAUAGGUCAAUGGAACCCGAUUGUGUUGGUUUUGUUGAUGCAGACUUUGCCGGAGAUAGAGAUAAAAGAAGAUCAACUUCUGGUAAUGUCUUUAUCAUGGCAGGUGGUGCAGUUAGCUGGGAGUCUAAAUUGCAGCCGGUUGUAGCCUUAUCAACAACAGAGGCAGAGUAUAUCUCUAUCUCUCAUGCUUGCAAAGAAGCUAUUUGGUUGGAGAGGUUGCUUGCAGAAUUUAAAAUGAAGCAGGACACGUUUUCUAUGCAUUGUGACAGUCAAAGUGCUUUGUUAUUGGCUAAGAAUCCAACUUUUCACUCUUGCACAAAGCAUAUCGAUGUCCGCUAUCAUUUUGUUCGACAAUUAGUUGAAGAUGGGAAGAUACUUCUGCACAAGGUUCACACAAGUUCAAAUCCAGCAGAUAUGUUAACAAAACCAGUGGCUCGUGACAAGUUCAAUUGGUGCAAGUCUUCAAUUGGACUUGAAGAAGUUUGAUUCCUUUUCAUUUUUCUGUUUGUUUUUUUGUUUCAAGAAACAUGUCUUCAAGUGGGAGAUUGCUGAAGACCAAGUCCAAUAAAACUGUUAGUGGAGUCCUAAUAAAGUGGAGCUGCUGGAGCAUACCAGAUUUUUUAUCUGAUAUGAAGCCACGUUUUUAGUAGGAGAGUUACAACAAACUUCUGUUAUUUUGCUGCCUAUAAAUAAAGAGAAUGACCAGUUGUACUGUGUGUCAAAUUCUCAUCUUUUCAUCAUAUUUUCUUAUUAUAGUUGUUCUGCUUCCAAAUAUUCAGCAAUAAAACUCAUUUCAGUUU